AAAGUUCAUACGAGGAUUUGCUUAAAAUCCCAAGUACUGUGUAGGCCAGUUUUUGUAAACAUGAACGAAGGACGAUGGCAGAAAGUGGAGUAGAAGUUAUUUAUCAAGGGCCUUUGAAAAAAGGCACACCCUUAGAUGAGAAUGGCAAAGCAAAGAAGAGCUUUCUAAAAAGGUCAUCAGGUUGGAAAGACAGAUACUUUUUGCUGUACUUGAAGGAAGAUGAAGAACAAAACAGUUAUGCAUUCUUAGCCUGUCAUGAAAAGAAACCACAGAAUAAUACAGAUGAACCAAAGGGUCUCCUUAAACUUUGGCCCCAUUAUCGGGUCGAUAAAAAGUUUGACCCAAAAGGCAAGCAGCAUAUUUUUGAGGUGAAAACUCCUGAGACUACGUACCGCUUGAUGGCCGAGAGCCAGGCUACUAUGGACCUCUGGGUGUUCCACUUACAGAUUCAGACAAAACUAAGACAUGAUUUUCCAGGGGAUACAUUUGAAGUGAGACCAGCUGAUUCAGAUGAAAUGAGAAGGAUUGGAGCAAAGAGUUCAUAUUGUUUGGUGAAUAUAUCUAAAUGGGGAAUCACAUUGGCAUUGAAGAAAACAAAAUCUGUCAUUUCGCAAUGGCCUCUAAAAUGUGUUCGUGGAUUUGAGAGUUCAGAUGAUGGCAAGUUCAAGUUCGAUGCAGGGCGCAAUUCACCUAUGGGUCAAGGAAAAUACCUGUUUAACACAAAACCUGGAGAAGAUAACAAGAUGUUUGAUCUUUUAGAUGAGUAUACCACAGCAGCUGCACAAGCUGAGAAGAUUGCUAGUCCACAAAAUGGCCCACCUCAGCCUCCUUCUGAUGAAGAAGUUGCGACACAGUAUCAGUCACUACGGCUUGCUACCUUUGGUCUUCUACCUCAGAGAAAAAUCUCAGGUCCUGCUGUGGCAACAUCAUGUAUUUCAAUACCAGGAUCUCAAAAAAUGAAUUAUGAUAGACUUCAACGAAAACAAUCUUACGGUCCAGAAAAUGAAGUUCCUGUUAUAUCCCGUAAUAGCUCAGCACAUCGAAUGUCAGGUCACCGUAAUCUAAGUGAGCCAAUUGAAGGAACACCUCCCCCUCUUCCUCCGCCCCGUGAUGGCUCACUUCCCCACGAUGAAAUUCAAAUACCUUCUAAAGUUGUCCGACCUAAAGACUUCAGGCGAUUUAAGAGUGAACCAGGUCACAUGUAUGAACCAGAACCUCAUGAACUAUCCAGCCCACUAAAGGAUUACCCAGAUGCUAUUAUUAGGGGACGCCCUUCAAGUAACCAUAUAGAGAUGAACCACUAUCAAACCCCACCCCCUGUCCACUACAUGUCUCCUCGGAACUCAAUUUUCUCACAACGAAGCUCCAUUACAUCCGAUCACAGUUCAGUAUUUUCUGAUCGGCGGGAAAGCUUUCCGAUGCAAGGUGCAGUUGGUGGUCAUCUGGCCUAUACAACUAUGGGUAUGCCACGCAGUGUUAGUGCUUCAUCAAUGAAAGCGUACUAUGAAGCUAUGGCAAUUGCGAAAAAUGCUGCAAUAUUGCAACAGGUCAGCACUCCAAGCCCAUAUGAAAACGCCCUCACUGGAAGCUAUGAGAAUGCACCACUUAUUAGCCCAGGUUUCUAUUUUUCACCUGCCCAUCCACAUAGUAAUCAAGGGUUCCUGCUUUCCCCUGUCUCACCACAAUUCAUGGGUGUGAUACCAGUUGCUGUACCAAAAGAAGAACAUGAGGAUGAUUUGAAAGGAGCUGUAGGUGGCGUCCCUGUUAGCGAGUCUCCAAUACCUAAGUCUCUGUCCGAGACUCAAUUCACAGCAUUUUCGAAAGAGCGUUUAAAACGACAAGUUAGUGUUCCCUAUGCAAGUGUAAACCGGGAUAAGAAGACUGAUGCAGAAUUAGGUUACUUGGAUAUGAAAGUAGGAAUGCAGUCGAUGGCCAUUAAAAGAUCACCAUCCCUAGAUGCACUACUGGACACCAUAUCAACUUCUAGUUCAUGGCAAGAUGAAUCUGCCCUGAUAGGCUCACUAGAUCUUGCCAACUCCUGCUCCCCUGUAGCAUCAAUAGGUACACCAUCUUGGGUUGGAUCCAGAAAACUCCCUCUUCCACCAGAACUGCUAGAUGGCCAUCCAAAUGCUUAUACAGAAAUGGACAGAUCCACUGUUAAGAAGAUCGUUAGUAGCAACGGUAAAGCCACAGGUAAAAACAAAGCAGUUAGUUCCCGUCUCUCGAGUUUAGCAUAUGAAGAUAUAGAGGACUUUAAAAAGUUGAGACCGCAAAAAACUUUCACCGUCUAUUCAAGCAAUCCCACGACCUAUGAAGAUAUUGAAAACUUACAACUGAAAACUGAUGAAAGUGGAUAUCUCUAUUCAGAUUUUCAGAGAGACAGCAAUUUAAAAAAAAUGAAAAGAACUCAGUCAAACCCAGAUCUUUUGAAAGCAGCACCACAGGAUGAUUAUUGUGAGGUGUUAAAUACAGCUGCACCUGCAAAAGGCAUUGCUGUGACACAAGACAAGAAAAAUCUUAAGAAAUCACGAUCUAUUCCAAACUUGUUUGGAAAUUUUACUCAAAAAACCAGCUUUGCAAUUGGGGUAAAGCCGGCAAGUCAUUUUUCAACCCCUGGGAACUCCAUUGCCACAAACUUUCAAAAGAAAAAAUCUGACAAAAAACCUGAAAAGAAACCAAAACCAAAAAAAUUAACGCCUAUAGAGAAAAACAUUGUUAGUGCUAGGUCAUCUGUUGAGAUUGCAGCUGGUAUCUCUACCUCGAGUAAAACCAAAUCUUUCAGUAAACAUGGUGGCUUGAGAAAUAUGCAAAGAAGUGUAUCGCUGACAUCAACUGGAGAGGACCAAGGUGUGAACCAGGCCAAUACUAACUCAACUGCAAUUCUCAGUAAUCGCCCACUGCCAGGGACUCCAAACAGCAACCCACAAGAAUCUGGUAGCGCAAUACAAACGAGACCACUCCCACAUUUACCAGGUAACACCUUACAACCAGAUGACCAAGAUUGGGUGUGAAUUUUGUUUUAACCCUUGUUUUGUAGUUUUUGUUUUUCAAAAUGUAUUUCUAUCUGCGCUUUCAUUGACAUGUGGAUGGUUGGAUUGACUCGUUUCUAUAUCUUCUUGUACCAAACUUAAUCACAUUAAAUUCUGAUGGUUGCAUCCACUACUACUGAUUACAGUGUAACUAGAUAAGUUUAGUUUUAAACACAUUCAUGGUGCUCUUGCAGUAAUGAUUGUCUUACUGUUGUUAUUGUAUUCACAUUAAUUAGUAAAUUUUGUCGUUGUUGUUGAUUUUUACACAUUUACACUUUUCAUAAACAAUAAUUAUAUUUUUUUGUAAGUAAUGUUAUGGCUCACCAUGGGCUUUUAUGUCAGUCAUUUUUUGUUUGCAUUUUCAAUGUACAGUACAACCAUUUCAGAUAUCUCAUAUUUCUUAUCUACUGUAUUUACUGUACAGUACAUGGUGAUAGUUUGUCAUCAAAAAAAGUUUAUAAUUUUUAAAUAGAAUGUAUUACUAUGGACGGUAGAUAGCCUCUGUGGUAUUACUAUUGUAAUUCCAACACAAAAAGCGUUUCGCUGUAGCAACCGAUAGUCAAAUUUCCAUCAGUAUACACAGGCAAUUAUAACCACUUGUCCGUGUUGGUGUUCAACACCAAACAAUUACAAUUUCUAAUUAAACCAUCAGCAAACCUAAUUAUUGAGCUUAUCUGUAUAAAGGGCUUAUAAACUGUACUGUUUUUAAGUCCUUACCGUAUGCACUUCAUAUUGCCAAGGGAUAUCAUAAUACUUUACACUAUAUACACUUGAAUAAUUGAUAUAUAAGUCAGAUGCGUGCCGUGUUCACAAGGUUAUCAUCAUAACUGAGCUAUGACAUCAAAUAUAUCGCUCAAAGAGUGAAAAUUUAGAAGGAAGAAGUGUUUGAACGAUCUGAAAGCUCUAGAUAUAAAUGACAAUGUGUUUUAUCGUAACUAAUUGAACCACACAGAGCUCAGAAUGUUUACAUUUCAGCAGGAAUAGGCCUAUGUAUAUAAGGAUGAAAGAGGACUUUCAUAAAUUAUGACCUGAACACAUCUAAUAGGCCUACCAAAUAUACAUUUUUUAUUACCGUAUUUCAUACUCUUGCUGAUAUAGCCAGUGUGUUGUAUUGCUAGCUUAUACUGCCAUAAUAGGAUGUUGCAAUUCAAAAGGCUAUUGAUGUUGAGUGAUAGAUUUCCAUGGUUGAACAAAGCAUUUAAACCGUCUACCGUGGUUAAAAUUGACACACAUUCCUAUAUGUGUGCUAUUGGUUGAUUUCAGUAAUAUUGACUUAAGUGAUGAGUUUAAAAACGACUAACACGAUUGAGAAAUUGUAUAGAUACUUUUAUGAUCGACCCAUUUCGAAGUUUGUAGGUCUAUUUUGAGCAUUACUAUAAUGUCUAAAUGUGUACCAAUAGUUUGGUGUUGUGUAUUACUGCCUGCAUUCAAUAUUCGAGGUCAUUGAAUUUGUUGUACACUAUUUAAGUAUGACACAUGAGUACAAUUCUGCCAGGUGUAGUUUAUUCACAAUCACAUUUUACAAGAAUAUUUUGCAUUAUACAGUAACCUAUUUUAAUUGUAUUUAAUGAAAAAAAACUUUGUAUUUGCCUGCACGUAAGUUUGCACUAUGAAUAUCAUGUUACUACGGUAAAAUAUUUAAAUGUAUACCAUAUUGAUUCUUCAUGAAUGACAAUGGAUAUAUGAAUAUUAUACAUAGACGACUACUGUAAGUAGAAUUUUAUGAGCAUUUAAUUGUUCUGGUAAUGUUUAAUAAGAUGAAUGACACAUAUUUUUAAAAUUGUAAAUAACUAUUAAUGAAUAUUUAAGAGUGUGAAUAUAAGAGAUUAUGAUACCUAAAUAGUGUUGUCAUGUUAUUUACUCAACUUGCAAUCUUAUACUGUACUGUACUUUAAAACGAAAAAGUGACGCGUUACGAAACGCGACACUUUUGACUUGCACCGUUUCCAUAUGGAAAACAUACCAUUGAGGUCACCUGUAUUUAAAUAACAUAAUUUUUAAUUAAACUAUAUUUUUAUAUGUUUUAACUAUAUACACGAGUUUUCUGUCCGAAACUCAGCGUACUGUUUAUGUUACAUCCAACUAUGUCAACCUUGUUCGUUUUUGUUUUUAAUAAAACCUUCGAAUUUAA